AUGGCGCAUGUGGAACGGUCACUUAUAUUCAUUUUGGAGCCGAUAAAGACUUCCCCCUCACAGUUUGUGAAAUUUGAUGACCCAAAAAUAGGCUCACAAAGGAGAAAGGAACGUUCCCAUGCUGCUGUAGAAUGCCCGCAUUCUACCGCCAUUGAUCCCGUGGAUGAUUCGGCGACAAAACGCGGCGGUUUGCGUCGUCAGUUUCCGCUUAAACUCGCGUGGGCCUGCACUGUUCACAAAGUGCAAGGUCUAACUGUAGAUGAGGCUGUCGUGUGUUUACACAAGGUUUUUGCAGCUGGGCAGGCGUAUGUCGCCCUCAGCCGUGUUAGGGAUAUAUCCGGCCUUGUCAUUACUGACUUUAAGGAAAAGGCCAUUUACUGCAAGGACGCCGUCAAGGAGGCAUUGGAUAGCAUGCCCCCAUUUCUACUUGAACAGCCACAGCCCUCGUUAGAAACCCGCAGUUUCUCCGCGUAUUUACUGAACGUCCAAAGUUUACCUUGCCACGCCGCUCAUUUGAUGUCUUGUACGCAGCAUUUACAGCCUACCUGUAUUGCUGUCACGGAGACGUGGCUCACUGCACAAUCCCCGACAGACUGUGUCCAAAUACAGGGAUAUACUUUCCACAGUCGUCCCCGAGCCUUGUGUUACAGUAGCAAUGAUUUCAAAUUAGCUGAGAUUAGAGAUUUACAACAUGGCGGAGUAGGUUUAUAUGUUGUAGAUAAUUCGGACUGUGAGAUUCUGCAGGUGCCCGAUUUAAAUCUGGAGUGUUUGGUGUGCCUGUUUACCAAAGAAAACAUUUUGAUGGCAGUAAUUUAUCGUCCGCCAUCUUACCCAAAUUUACUUUUUAAAUCCAAUCUGGUGAAGUUACUUGAUUGGGUCACUCCACUCAGUAACACAAUUGUUAUAAUGGGAGAUUUUAAUGAAGAUCUUCUCAAACAUUCAUCAAUUUCUAAAUUAAUGGGCCAAAAUGGAUUUUCGCAGCAUGUAACACAAGCGACUACAGAGAAUGGGACAUUAAUUGACCACGUUUAUGUCAAAACAACGCAGUAUGCUGUGGAUUGUGCAGUGCUGUCCACUUAUUUCAGUGACCACGAAGCCAUCCUGUGUGCUUUUCGUGGUCAAGAUGAAGGUGAUGCGUUUAAUUUGGAGUUGUUGUUUGCAGAGCACUCAUGCAAUACCUCUGCUCUUCUCAUGCUGCAUGCCUUACAAAGUAUGUUUUUUUUUUUGGUUUAUUCAUAG